AUGGCCUACCUUCCGAGCGAAGCGCUCGAGUUAGCCAACCUGAUUUUCUUCGGGAUCUCAGUACUUCCAGUCUGCUAUUGUUUUUAUAUGCAUGGACUCCAGGGCCUCGGCCCCUGGCUCAACACAUUUAUUUGGACCUCACUACGCAUUGCCGCUAAUGCUAUCGCCUUUGAUUCGAUCAAGACUACGGGCAUACCCAGCAUAAUUAUCCCGCUUGUGAUUAACGGAGUCGCUCUGUCACCAUUUUCGCUGGUGUGCCAGGGAUUUUUGAAUGAAGCGAAUUUCUCCAUCCGCAAAGACCUACCGAGAUUUGCAGGAGUGUGGGGUUCGCUCACUGCCCAGGUGCUAAUUAUCAUUGGCAUUUCUGUGGCGCUGAAGGGUCUCACGGAACUUAUUCUCUUGAAAGCCGGUCUCAUUGUCUGGCUUCUUGGUUGGGUCUAUACGGGCGUGAUGAUAGUCGGAAGCUGGUCUUCAAAAGGCCACAAGUACCGUCUGCCCGAUGAGAAAGUGUAUGAACUAACAAGUGUGAAGCUUCUGUACGCCGCUACAAUGGCUUGGCCCUUGAUCGGGUUCCGCGUUGUCUAUGUCGUUUACUGCGGCUAUGUCUAUCACCUUUUCGACCAAGGCGGUAUCACAAUCUUGUCCCUCUUCGGAGUUCUCCCGGAGUUUUUGUGUAUGAUCAUAUACCUUGUCUCUGGAAUAUGGGCUCGGAAUCUGUCACGCACUCACAAAAUUUUGCGACAAGAAGAGAAAGCAGCCAAAAAGCAGGCGAAAGCGGCUGCUAAUUCUUCCGAGCAUGAUGGCUCUAUAGCAACAAGCACGACUCCUCUGGAAAAGUUUUACUCUUUCUCUGGCUCAGAAACCACUAGCAAACCUGCUACUGUAAGUAUCUCUGGUACCACGGUAUGA